AUGUCUUUAACGUUGAAGAUCUCCUCGCUUGUGAUCAGAACCCUUUCAAAACCGAUUGCCAACCAAAUAAAAGCCCAGGCCCGAGACCAUGAAGGGUUCCGCAAAGUGUGCGUGUCAAUGGCACAAGCACUCCAUCGAUUCGAUAUGCGCCUCCGGCUAGGAAACAUCCGAGACACCAACGCAUCCCAGCGCCAGGCGGCAGCCGCAGCGGAAGCCAAGAAACACAUCCCUACAUCCCCAACAGUGAAGACGGAAGCAGACACCAAGGCCGAGGAACAAGCGCUUGCCAAAGCUAAGGCGGCCGCAGAAGAGGCUGCGAAGCCCCAUAAAUACCGUAUCCGACCCUUGUCCGAGUCAAAAGCAAUCGAGUCCGGCGCGAACUUCCUCAGUGAAACUUUCCUUUUCUUGGUCGCAGGCGGCCUGAUCGUGUUCGAAUCAAUGCGGUCUCGCCGGAAGGAGAGCACUCGCAGAGAGGGCGUGGAGGAUCGUCUUAUAGAGUUGGAAGAAUCUGAGCGGGCCACGCGGGAGGCCCUCGUUGCUCUGGAAAAGGAGCUGCUUGCGCUGAAAAGCAAGCACGAUGAACAAGCCAAGCCGACCUUGCGAAUCCUCCCCCGCGAGUGUGGGAAACACAAUCAGAGCCGAAGGCAGCCGUGGUGGAACAGAGCUGGUGGUCUUCAAUUGCAUCUUAUCUCCCAUUUGGCCAAGAUGCUCUGA